AGUGUGUGUGUAUGUGAGGAGAACUGGUUAGUUGAGUUCUAGUAUUCUACAGAUUCACAUCUAGCAUCUUAGCAGAUAUAUCAUACAACACAGAUAUAUUUAGACAUCAGUGAGAUAUCAACUAUAUUAUACGGCAAACAUACUUUGAUGAGACUCCGUGACAGUGUAGGAGAGAGGGUUACGGAUUCCCCUGGAAGGAAUGGGUUCCCGGGAGUUGAUAUCUCCGAUGCCGCCAGGAAUGGCGGUGGAGGGAGGGGGGCAACCGGCGCCAGCCCUGCUGUCACCACCAAACUUACAAUCAGUUUAUAGAGAACAGUGAUGGUGAGAACAUGCCAUGGUGAAACAUGUGGUUAAUAUUGGUUCUAAGCUUGAGUUUGGUGUCGGGAUACAGUGACCUCAACGGUAGCAACGUGAGGUGUAGAGAGGAGGAGGGGGAAGAGGUUCAUGUUCCUGGUAUCACCAACAUCAAUCCCUGCUAUACCUGCAGAUGUCUCAACAGGAUUGUUCAGUGCGAGGACGCGAGGAGGAAAUGCCCCUCAACCUCCGGUUGCUACAACCUUGAGAAAAAACUACCCGGACAAUGUUGUGAGAAAUGUCAAGGCUGUGUUAUCAAUGGAACCCUGAUUGGAAGUGGAAAAAGCUGGACGGAUCCUCUUAAUCCUUGCUCUCAGCUCACAUGUUUCAGUGGAGUACUUACGGAGGAAAAGAUACACUGUGACGCACACUGUAGUUCUCCUACUCCCCCUGGACCUGGAGAAUGUUGUCCGUCAUGCUCCUCCUGCAGGCUUCAUGGACUGUCUCUAACGGAUGGAGAAAUCGCUCCUGAUCCUGCAGAUCCUUGCAGGGAGUGUCAUUGUGUCCAGGGAAAUAUUGUCUGCCAAAGAAAGUCUUGUCCCGUCCUAUCCUGUCCAACCCAUCUUCAGACCACGCCCCCGGGACACUGUUGUCCUCAAUGUCCCCGUGGAAGAUUUAUGUUUACUCCGAGGGACAUGUGUUUGUUCCAAAGUAACCUGUACAGGAGAGAAGAGGUGUUCCAACCUGAUACCUGCACAUCAUGCACCUGUUCCAAGGAUCUAGUUCCAACCUGUUCCAGGUCUGGUUGUCUCCCAGCUCACACUCCUCCGUCCUGUACACACUCCGGAGCUGAACACCCACACGACACAUCCUGGAGUUCAGAUGAUUGUAAAACCUGUAAAUGUAAUAAAGGAGUAGUAGAAUGUACCCGGAGUGAGUGUCCGUCCUGUCCUCCUGGAACCCAACCCUCUCCACAACCCGGAGAAUGUUGUCCAGCCUGCAGGAAGAUUCCUAAACCUGCGGAGAAGGAAGGAGUCUGUACUGUGUUCGGAGAUCCUCAUUACAAAACCUUUGACGGACGAAUCUAUAACUUCCAAGGUUCCUGUAAAUAUCUCCUAACCAGAGAUUGUUCCGAGGGAAGUGGCAACUCUAACUUUUCAAUCAGGAUUACGAAUGAUGCUCGGGAUACAGUUGCAUUCUCCUGGUUGAGAACUGUCACUGUUCGACUCGGAGAUACUAAAGUGUCGCUGCUGCAAAGAAUGAGAGUCAAGGUUGAUGGGAAAAAGGUCAGCUUACCUUACAUCAAACUCGGAGUUCUAUCUGUGAUGCAGGACGGAUACAGGGUCAUUCUCAGAACUAAUGAAGGUGCUAGAAUUCUCUGGGACGGAGUAAGUUUCCUUGAGUUGACUGUACCUGCUCGAAUGGCCGGCCUGAUGUGCGGCCUCUGCGGAAACUUUAACGGAGACAGAACUGACGAUUUGAUUGGCCGGCAUGGGUCGCUGCUCAGCUCGGGACAGGAGUUUGGAAACAGCUGGAGGGUCGGGGGGAAGAAAGCCUGCUCGGUUCUACCUCGAGAUGUCCCUGCCCAGCCUCCACCCUGUAAACAGAACUGGGACGCAAAUAUCCGUUCUAGUAAACAUUGUGCAGCGAUCAAAUCUCCGGUAUUCCAACCCUGCCAUGCCAGGAUUCAUCCGGAGUUCUACUUCAAGGCAUGCAGGAUUGAUAUGUGUGAGUGCCCAGGCACUCAGUGCCACUGCGAGGUGCUGACAGCCUAUGCACGAGAAUGUGAACGAGCUGGGGUUCGUAUCCCUGGGUGGAGAGAACCAACCGGGUGCAGGAACAUGAUCCCCUUCAAGUACUCCGGGGAGCACUUCUACAGCGGGGAGAUGUCCUCCACCAGUCAGGCAAAUUCUACCAGGAACGAGGUCCUUAACCUCGAGGGCGGAGAGGUCUUUGACGACGACCUGGAUGCCCUUGACCUGUCACGAAUAGGAAUGAGCCAACCAGCCUACAGGGUAGAACCGGAAAUAAAAAUUUCUAAGCAGAAAAAAAGAAAAAGACAAAUGAGAAGGUUAAGAAGGAUGGAACGGAAAAGAGAAAGAGAACUAAAAAGAAAGCAGAAGAAAGAAAAAGAGGACGGAUCUAGGAAAUCCUUGGUCGGUCUUCGGAACAAAAUGGUUGUAAAACGGGUUGAGGGGGAUAAAAAGAAACUGGAUUGGGGUGGGAGCAGGGAGAAGGCCCGUCCUCCAUUUGAGUUCCUCCUCCAUGCCGAGGAGGACGAAAGACAAAGUCGCGAGGUUGAAUACUCCGACGAGGAUCAAAUAGACAAAACAGAGCUGAGCUCUUUUCAGUUAAAAAUGCACAAUAUAGAUUACAGUGAACUGCCUAAUAGCAAAGGCCGGACUCCAAUACCGUUAAUGGAAAGUGAUUUUUUAGAGCGCAGCGCAGAGGCCGCGGAUAUUCACAGGAAAAAUUGGAAACGAAGACGAAGUAUUAAUUGAUUAAUUGCGCUCGUCAGUCCAUUGUGAUAUAAUCUUAUAGUCUUCAACUUAUUCACAAAAUCAAUAAUUGUACCUUAUUUUUAUUAAAUUUUGGUCGUCACCAGUUUUAGGCUUUCUUUUUUGCCAAUAAAAAUUAGUGUCUCCCUAAGAGGGAGCUCUCAAAUAUCAAAAUAGUUUUACAACAAAUAGCAAUUUAACUGUGUAAAGAGUAAUAUUUUUCAGCUUGCCAUGUUCAUUUUCAUUGUUACCCAACAACUUUUUUUGACCGUUUUUAACUUGUUUAUUAUGAUUUGUAAAAAAGAUGUUAAAAUUAUGAAUAUUAUCUGCCAUUUAAAAUGCCAUAUUCUCAAUGUAUGUUUAAAAAUAAAUUUAUGUUGCGUGUUGACUGAU